UGGGUCACCUGUACGGCCCUCCCAUUGCUGCUGUUCUCCAUCGCCACACUCUGCAAUGUGCCAACUUUCAUGUCUCCUCACACAUGCUGGUGUGUUCCAUUUUUUGUCAUUAGGGUGCUGUAUGGCCUCCCAUUGCUUCUGCCUCCACGCGCCGCACUGUGGCUCCCACACUAUGGUUUUGGCCCCGUGUGACUUGCCCAAUUGAGUGAAGUGUGCGGUGAUUCGAAGAAUCGGCCGGCACCACUGUUACAAUCUGCCAUGUCAUAAACCAUGAAUGACAGGUAAUUAUUUCUCUUCCCCAGCCAGAUUCCGAAGCGGCUAUAUUAAAGUUAAGGUUACAUGUGUUCUGCACUAAUUAAUAA